UCCAGUUCCCUGUUUUUUUUUUCUUUCUAUUCCACCCACGCAGAAACGGCGAAUGACCGGCGAAUCGUAGCUGGAGAAGAUAAGCAUGAGCCGGCCGACGGUGCACCCGGUGGAGCCGCCGCCGGCGAGAGAUGUGGCCAACCACCACCAGUACCAACCGAGGGUGAGGAUGAAGCAGGUUCAGGGCAUGCCGGGGACGAGAGGCGGCCUCACUCUCCGCGCACUCCAGGUGGCCUUCGGCGUCGUUUCCGUCUCCUUCAUGGCCACUACCAGCGACUUCCGCUCCGUCACCGCCUUCUGUUACUUAGUUAUUGCUGUGAGCUUGCAAAUACUAUGGAGCUUGCUACUGGGGAUUGUGGAUGUGUAUGCGCUUAUGGUUAAAAGAAGCCUCGGGAAACCAGUGAUGAUUCGGUUCUUCGCCAUUGGAGAUGGGAUAAUGUCCACCCUUACAUUUGCUGCUGCUUGUGCAUCUGCUGGCAUCACAGUGCUCAUAGGUAACGACCUGAAUAGGUGCUCAGUGAACCACUGCGUCAAGUUUGAAACAGCAAUCUCUAUGGCGUUUUUGAGCUGGUUUGCAACGAUGCCAUCCUUCCUCAUGAAUUUCUGGUCAUUAGCGAAUUCCCAGUAGGAAUUUCUGGGCUAGAGAAAGUAGGAUCUUGAAAUGUGAAUUGAACAAGGUAAGACUCCAUGGAUAUUUGAUUGUGCUUGAUGUAUAGAUAGAUCGAGCUUACUUCCGGUUCUCUUACUGUUGGAAAGGAAAACCCUUGAUUUGGGAAUUUAUGAAUAUAUCUUGUUACCAUAUUUGUUUGAAAGUUUCAGAUUUUUGCCUGCAGUAUGUGUUCCUCACCUUCAAAUGAUUUUCGUGUGAGCAAUUUCAAAGGGUCUCUGACUUGUGAUGAACAAUGUCGGUAUUCGUUAUUGAUUAGUUAUUGAAUUGGCGGUCCUUUUCACAGAGCUGGAGUGAAAUACCACGCGAAAAGACACUGUGAGCAGAAUGAUGAUAUGGAAGCUGUCAGAAUAGUCAUGCUUCUUACCCAGAAGCAUCGGCCUUGUGCUGAAGUUGGGAAUUUAAAUCCUUCUAGAUAUGGAUGGGUGUAAAAGAAGGGCGAAUUUUGUUUGCAGAAUGCCAACUUCAAUGCAGUCAAAACUGCUAACUCGUUCUUGACGGCCAUCUUUGACCCAAUCUGAUCAAUUACCUCACAUUCUACGAGUAUGCUGAAACGCAGGGCUGCCAUAUUCCUAAGAACAAUGCUGGAAAGCGUAACUUAUCUUGGGCACAUUUCCACACUUGCUUAUAUUCGGCCAACUUUGAUUGCCAAAAGAAAGAAGAUAUGGGAAGACCAAAUCUUGACUUAGAAAAUAGUUUGUGGUCACAAGGAUUAUGCUAUUUGCCUGCUUCUGCAUGAAGACUGGACAAACCCCUUAUUCAAACAUAACGGUCUGUCUUGUUUCUCCAUGGUCGGUUUGGAUGGCAGUUGGGUAACCGCCAAUCUGGUAUCAUAGAGAUUUCUUGAAGCCAUUACCAAUCUCUUGCCUUCCUCCUUUUCCAUCUUUUCAUGUUCAUCCCACACCCUUUCCCCUACCUAUAAAUUGAACUAAAGGCCCUCAAUCCUGAGGCUACACUACGGAUUCAGGAAAUUUUUACGAUGUCGAGAAUAGACGAUGACGAGAGAAGACUAUAUCAAUGUGCAAGGAAGUACGAGCAGAUUGUAAAUCAAGUAAGUUGAUGUCCAUCCCAGAAAACCUUUAAGAGCUUCUUUCUCUUCUCCCUCAGUUUUUUUUUUUUUUUUACUUUGCUUCGGUAACAAGAAACUGAAAGUGGGUGGCUCCCCUGUGUUUUCCUUUUCGGUUUGACGUGCUGGUUGAGAUGAUGACCACCCGAUCCAGGCCCCCCAAGCGACGUAGAUUAACAUCUGUGAGCCUCAAUCGCUUUCGUUUCAUUCACCUCUACCUUUCAGAACUGACUACUGAGCUGCCUUCCUUUCCUUGUGAUGAAUGCAUGCCUGGUUUUGUGUAUACAGGGUUCCAAAGCAAGUAAGGACUCUGCUGCGCAUCUUCCUUCUUAUGAAGCUGCGGGCAACGACGGUGAAGUGUUCGUGGAGUCCAUAACCAAGUUUCUCCAGGAAUUAAGCGCGGAAUCUGCAGCUGAAACAGACUCCUCAUCCAGCGCUAGCUUGCUCUAAUCCAUUGCCCGCUGUUAUUUGCAAGCGCAGGCAUGGAGAUAACAUGGAUAAUGUAAAUGAAUUCACUCAUCUAUC